ACGGGACCGGGUCAGUCCGUUGUUGUUGUCAUUUGCGUGUACGUGUCCGUCGUCGCCUGAUCUAACGAGUUUGUGUGCAUGUCAAUAAUUAUGUCUUUUCAAUGGACAAACCAAAACGUCUUUAAACUGAUAGAAAUGUUCGAAGAAAGAGAAUUAUUAUGGAACACCAUGUUAGAAGAAUACAAAGAUCGUAAUAAAAAACAUAAAGCCUGGUAUGAAAUAGCAAAUGCUUUCGAACUGGAAAGAUCAGUUGUCGAAAAAAAAAUGAGAUCUCUUAUCGGACAGUUUCAAAGAGAAUUAAAGAAGGACAAAUCAGGCGUUGGAUGUGACGAAGUAUCUAACUGGUUCGCUUUUAAGAAAUUGAUGUUUUUAAGGAAUCAUAAUAAACCAGCAAGUACUCGUGAUAUCGGUGAGAAGAACAGCCACAACGACGAACUCUCCGAGCCUUACCACGUCGAAAAUUUCCACAUAGCCGCCCCUAUGCCAAUGGUUUAUGAAUCUACGGACACAACAGCAAACUUGUCAACCAUCUCUAGGAAAAGAACCAAUUCAUACGACGAUAAAUCUGAUGACCCAAUGGGAUAUGGUUUUGCUAAGCAAUAUCAGCCAAGUUCAAAAUCUGGUCACGAUGAAUUUGAAAUUUACGGGCAAUAUGUUGCUUCGGAACUAAGAGAGACUAAAGAUCUGCACUCAGUCCUGGUAGCGAAACGUUAUAUAAACGAUAUAUUGAUCAACGCACGCAUGGGAAAAUAUCGUAAAGAUUCUGCUAGUAAUAAUAGCAAGAGUAAAGGUAUUAAAACUGAACAGGAACAUGAUUCAGAUAUUAAUGAUGAUGAAUAAAAUUACAUGUCUAAAAGAAUGCAGUUUUAAUGAAAUUAUA